UCCUUCAAGUCCCCCAACUCCUCACUCAUCUCCCUCCUCGCGCUCUCUUUAAUCCUCCAUUUUCUCUCUCCUCCACACAGCAACAUCAAUGGCUCCCAAAAUCCCUAAACCUCCAACAAAACCCCCUCAUAAUCCCCCAAAACCGCAAAAUCAACAAUCGAAGAAACAACACCAGAAACCGGAAAACCCUAGCAUCAAACGAAAUUGGUCAAUUGCCGAUUUCGAGAUCGGAAAACCCUUGGGAAAGGGUAAAUUCGGUAGAGUUUACCUCGCUCGCGAAAUUAAGAGUAAUUAUAUAGUGGCGUUGAAAGUAAUAUUCAAGGAGCAGAUUGAGAAGUAUAAGCUGCAUCAUCAAUUGAGGAGAGAGAUGGAGAUUCAAAUGAGCUUACGCCAUCCUAAUGUUUUGAGACUUUAUGGGUGGUUUCAUGAUGAUACAAGGAUUUUCUUGAUACUUGAGUAUGCUUUUCGUGGUGAGCUUUAUAAGGAGCUCCGUCGAUCCGGUCAUCUUUCCGAAAAACAGGCAUCUACGUACAUUGCAAGUCUAACUGAGGCAUUGGCAUAUUGUCACGACAAGAACGUCAUCCAUAGAGAUAUCAAGCCAGAGAAUUUAUUGCUAGAUCAUGAGGGUCGCCUGAAGAUUGCAGAUUUUGGUUGGUCUGUACAAUCAAGAAAUAAGAGACACACAAUGUGUGGAACUCUUGACUAUUUGGCUCCAGAAAUGGUGGAAAACAAAGCCCAUGAUUAUGCAGUUGAUAAUUGGACUCUGGGUGUUCUUUGUUACGAAUUCUUGUUUGGAGUACCUCCAUUUGAGGCUGAGAGCCAACGUGAUACUUUCAGAAGGAUUAUGAAGGUUGAUUUAACCUUUCCAGAUGCACCCCAAGUCUCCUCAGAGGCCAAGGAUCUAAUUAGUGGACUGCUAGUGAAGGACUCUUCAAAGAGGCUUUCUCUUCAUAAGAUACUGGAGCACCCUUGGAUCCUGAAGAAUGCAGAACUCACAGGAACUUGUCGUAAAUAGAUCUGAUUUUCCAGCAAGCAUGUUAUGGAAUUUUGUCCUACAGAACGUACUAGUGAUUUUCCCAGGAAUGCUCCUGUGGACUGUAAGAACUGUCCCUCCUAAUAUUGUUUGCUGUAACUUGUGGCAGUUGGAAUCGCAUACAAUGUUUUGGUCUGCCUGAGCUAUUUCAUAUGUUGUCUGAGAAAACAUAUACUACUGUAUAAUGAUAAAGAUUCAUCAACAUGUACUGUGAAAAUGAUAAGCAGGAUAUACAUAUGCUUGGAGACACAUAUGUUGUAAUAUACUCCAUCUGUUCCUUAA